CUAAAUCUCCAAAUCGCAGCAGGUUGCAAAAGUUAAAGCACCGAUUUUACGAUGGCUACACCGGAACAACCGAAAAUGAACUUUGAAAUAUUGCUUUCUCUCUCGCUUUGCUGUGCUAACAGAACACACUUAAGAUUAUCGUCUGGCCAACUGGAAAAUUUAUUUUAGGCUGAUUUUGAAGAGCGUAGGAAUGACGUAGUUGGCCGGUACGCAGUUAGCAAUAGAGAUUUGAAAGCUGGCGAAUUAAUAUUUAGCGAAAAACCAUUUGCUUAUGGACCCAAAAUCGAUAGUCCACCGGUAUGCUUAGGUUGCUAUGCUUACAUAGACUGCACAUAUUUAUGUUCAAAAUGUUCAUGGCCAGUUUGUAACGAAACAUGUGAAAAUAUUCCGGCCCAUAAAAGCGCAGAAUGUGAAAUUUUUGCAAACGCUAAGGCGAAAUUUAUGAAUGUUCAAGAUCCUUACGCACCAUGUCUUCAAUACGAGUGCAUAACUCCACUUCGAGUUCUUUUAGCUAAAGAAAACCACCCGGAUAUUUGGGAUAAACAUGUUAAUUGCAUGGAAACACAUGCAAAGGACCGCAAAGAAAAAGAAAUUUGGAAUUUUAACACCAUAAACAUAGUUGGUUAUCUUCGAGGACCUUGUAAAUGCGAUCGAUUUAGUGAAGACCUCAUUCAUCAAGUUUGUGGUCUUUUGGACGUAAAUGUUUUCGAAGCAAGAACUAUAUCUGGAAACGCUAUAAGAUGUUUAUACCCAAAAUUAUCAACUUUUUCACAUAAUUGCGUCUCAAACGUAACUCACUCCAUAGAAAGUAAUGGGGAGGGAAACGAAGAAGAUUUUAAAGUAACAUUAAAAGCGUCUGUUUCAAUCAAUAAAGGCGAAGAACUUUUUACAAGUUACACCUACACCAUGUGGCCAACAAUGGCAAGGAGAGCAUUUUUGAAAGAAAGUAAAUAUUUCGAUUGUAACUGCCAAAGAUGUAGUGACCCAACCGAAUUAGGAACUCACAUGAGCACUUUGAAGUGUAUGAAGUGCGAUAACGGGGUAAUUUUAUCAACAGCGCCCCUUUUAGAUCCUGAAUCAGAAUGGAAAUGUACUCAUUGCCAGCAUUCUUUAAAGGGAACUACGGUCCAAAAAGUUUUUAAAACAAUUCAAGAAGAAAUUGAUCAAGCUGAAGCCAUGGAACAGGAUGCUUCAGCGAUAGAAGCAAAAGAAUCACUUUAUCGAAAAUACAGAUCAAUACUUCAUCCAAGACAUGCCUAUUUUACAAUUUUACGUAUUUCUUUGGCACAAAUGUACGGAAAAGUUGAAGGAUACACAAUGGAUAUUCUACCAAAUAUUUUAUAUGAAAGAAAAAUUGAACUUUGUCAAAAUAUUAUGGAGAAUAUUAACGUUCUUGAACCUGGAUACACAAGAUUAAGAGGUACGAUUCUUUAUGAACUUCAUGCCCCUAUUAUAAUGUUAGCAAGGAACCUUUACAACGUUGAUGUAAUUAACAAAGACGAAUUGAGAAGUAAACUUCAAGAAGCCAUAAAAUUACUGAAAGAAUCCUCUGAAAUAUUAACAUUAGAACCUGAAAAUAGUCAGGAAGGAAUGAUCGGGAGGAUGGCUAAUCAAGCUUAUAUUCAACUUUCAAGUAAUUUGGAGGAUUUAAUUGAUAACAUUUAAUUUAUCUUCUUCUUUCUUUUAAAGCCGUUUAUUCGUACAUUUUUUAAUGUUACACAAAAUCUUUUUUUUUAAUUAAUCAGAUACAUUGUGAAUUGGAUGUGGUUUGAACUUCAUGUGGUUUAGUUCUAAAAUUAAAAUAAAAAACAAAUUAAAUGAAUAUUUUUGGCCAAAAUCUAAAGUGAAAGUAAUAAAUGAAUUGAUUUGAAGUUGAAACUGUAUGACUGCAUACAGUUUAAUAAUCAAACGUUAUUCAUAGCGUAUAUUAAUUAAAACCAUCAUUUAAGGGAAUUACAAAAUUUUAUUAAAUAUAAAAUAUUUAUUUAACCUUCUAUUCAAUAAUUCUUCAUGGGUCAUCUAUAAGAUAAAUUAAUUAUUUAAUAACAAAUAUUUUUCACACACAUUUUUUAUAUUUGAUUAAAUUAUUCAGUGAGGGCAAAUAGAAAUCAUGAUUUGCGUAUUCAUAAUUGUAUAUUAAAUUUAUCAUCAUUAAAACGAUACAAUAUUA